GAAGAAGAAGAAGAAGUGUUUCCGGGUCAGUUCUGAUUAGAUGACGUUCCUCUGAGUUUCUGCUUCAGUUUCAUCAUCAAACUCUCAAACAGCCGGAAGUGUGUGUCGAGCUGCGUCUUCACCUGUCAGCUGACCUGCUGACUCACUGAGCCAAUCAGAAGGGGGCUCCCCUCCACACACACAUCUGUUUUAACACACACACGGGUUAGCUCCAGCCGCCACCAUGGUGUUAGCCGACCUGGGGAGGAAGAUCACGUCGGCGCUGAGGUCGCUCAGCAACGCCACCAUCAUCAAUGAGGAGGUGCUGAACGCCAUGCUGAAGGAGGUGUGUGCUGCUCUGCUGGAGGCCGACGUCAACAUCAGGCUGGUCAAACAGCUCCGAGAGAACGUCAAGGCUGCCAUAGAUCUGGAGGAGAUGGCCUCCGGUCUGAACAAGAGGAGGAUGAUCCAGCACUCUGUCUUCAAGGAGCUCGUCAAGCUGGUGGACCCCGGCGUGAAGGCCUGGACUCCGACCAAAGGAAAGAACAACGUCAUCAUGUUUGUGGGUCUGCAGGGCAGCGGGAAGACCACUACCUGCUCCAAGCUGGCCUAUUACUACCAGAGGAAAGGCUGGAAGACCUGUUUGAUCUGUGCUGACACCUUCAGAGCAGGCGCCUUCGAUCAGCUGAAGCAGAAUGCCACUAAAGCCAGAAUCCCCUUCUACGGCAGCUACACGGAGAUGGACCCGGUUGUCAUCGCUGCUGAAGGCGUGGAGAAGUUCAAAGGAGAGAACUUUGAGAUCAUCAUCGUGGACACGAGCGGGCGUCACAAGCAGGAGGACUCUCUGUUCGAGGAGAUGCUGCAGGUGUCCAACGCUGUGCAACCGGACAACAUAGUGUACGUGAUGGACGCGUCCAUCGGUCAGGCCUGUGAGUCCCAAGCGAAGGCCUUCAAAGAGAAAGUGGACAUUGCGUCCGUCAUCGUGACCAAGCUGGAUGGACACGCUAAAGGGGGCGGAGCUCUGAGCGCUGUCGCUGCGACCCGGAGUCCCAUCAUCUUCAUCGGGACCGGAGAACACAUCGAUGACUUCGAGCCCUUCAAGACUCAGCCGUUCAUCAGCAAGCUGCUGGGUAUGGGUGAUAUUGAGGGUUUGAUUGACAGAGUGAAUGAACUGAAGCUGGACGACAACGAGGAGCUGAUCGACAAACUGAAGCACGGUCAGUUCACCCUCAGAGACAUGUACGAGCAGUUCCAGAACAUCAUGAAGAUGGGCCCCUUCGGACAGAUCAUGGGGAUGAUCCCGGGCUUCGGGACAGACUUCAUGAGCAAAGGGAACGAGCAGGAGUCCAUGUCCCGGCUGAAGAAGCUGAUGACCAUCAUGGACAGCAUGAACGACCAGGAGCUGGACAGUAAGGACGGGGCGAAGCUCUUCAGUAAGACCCCCAACAGGAUCCAGAGGGUGGCUCGGGGCUCUGGGGUUUCCAUGCGAGACGUGCAGGAGCUCCUCACGCAGUACACCAAGUUCGCCCAGAUGGUGAAGAAGAUGGGGGGCAUCAAGGGGCUCUUCAAAGGAGGAGACAUGUCGAAGAACGUGAACCCGUCUCAGAUGGCCAAACUGAACCAGCAGAUGGCGAAGAUGAUGGACCCCCGCGUGCUGCAUCACAUGGGUGGGAUGGCAGGGCUUCAGUCCAUGAUGCGUCAGUUCCAGCAGGGCGCCGCCGGCAACAUGAAGGGCAUGAUGGGGUUCAACAACAUGUGACCAACCACCAAUCAGAUGCCUUUAAACAUAACAAGCUCCGCCUCCUGACAGGUACAGGUGGUGGGGGCGGGGCUUAGAGAGAGAGAGAGAGAGAGAGAGAGAGAUGAAGCAGGAAGUCCAAAGAGACUAAAAUAACAGCAGGUUUUGAGUUUGUCGUCUUUAUUAAAAAUAGCAGAAAAUCAGACUUAAAGGAGCAGUGUGUCGCUUAUAUGAUGAUAACAUGUUAUACUGCUUCUUUAAGUCUGUCACUUAUAUGAUGAUAACAUGUUGUACUGCUCCUUUAAGUCUGUCACUUAUAUGAUGAUAACAUGUUGUACUGCUUCUUUAAGUCUGUCACUUAUAUGAUGAUAACAUGUUGUACUGCUCCUUUGAAUGAGGAAGAGGAGAGUUUUCUGGGCCUCAUUAAUUUAAUUCUAUAUAAGAUGUUUGUGUAUAAGAUUUAAACGGAGAGUCUGUCCCGAUUGGACGAGGAGACGUCACAUGAUGGUCAGGAUGAUGGUGAUGAAGAGGAUAUUAGUUAGUGACAGUAUUUUUGUCAUAUAAUAAACAUUUGUAUUGCACCAUUUUAAA